AUGGACAGAGGAUGGGGUCUCGCCCUUGAGAAGUCCGACCGAGUUGGGUUUUUCGGUAACAAGUCGUCGCUUUUUGGGGUUGAUUUGAGCCCACGUUUGGAUCGUCCGAUCAUGUUCCCGGUCAAAUCUGGCGGCGAGGAUAAACCCGCCGCCGGCGACGCAGGCGAUCGCAGGGCGGUUUUGGGCGGCGAGGUGGAUUUUUUCCUGGAGAGGAAGAAGCCGCCUUCUGUUGGCGCCGCCGUUGUGAAGAAAGAAAAUAGUAAUAAUUCGGAGGCUGAGGGCUCUAAUGGCCGACAAUCGGAUGUUAACACUGGGUUGCAACUUGUGAUAGCCAACACGAGAAGUGAUGAAUCGACGGUGGAUGAUGAGAUGUUCUGCGAUGCCAAAAAUGAGCUUGCACAGCUUCAAGCUGAGCUCGAACGAAUGAACGCUGAAAAUCAGAAGUUAAGAGGGAUGCUCAGUCAAGUGAGCUCCAAUUACUCGGCCCUUCAGAUGCAUCUCCUCACGUUAAUGCAAAACUCAAGAACCGAUAGCCCUCAACAUCAAGAGAGAAAAUCAGAAGAGAAGACCGAAGAAAAGGGGAAGUCGAUGGUCCCGAGACAGUUCCUUGAGUUGGGACCCAACCAGACAGGAGACGAGCAGUCAAACUCGUUGUCUGAAGAGCGGACUUUGUCCGAAUCUCCUCGAAACCAAGUGGACAACGUCUCAAAGAGCAAGAGGCCGGGCCGGGAGGAAAGCCCGGAAUCCGAGGGAUGGGGCCCACAGAAGGCCCCCAAGCUGGGCAAGCCCGCCGAACAAUCGGCCGCGGCUGAGCCCACCAUGCGGAAGGCCCGUGUCUCGGUCCGCGCUAGAUCAGAGGCUCCCAUGAUUUCGGAUGGAUGCCAAUGGAGAAAAUACGGCCAGAAAAUGGCAAAGGGAAAUCCGUGCCCGCGAGCUUAUUACCGGUGUACGAUGGCCGUCGGAUGUCCAGUUCGCAAACAAGUCCAAAGAUGUGCUGAGGAUCGGACGAUCCUAAUCACGACAUACGAGGGAACCCACAACCACCCGUUGCCGCCAGCCGCCAUGGCCAUGGCAUCAACCACCUCAGCCGCUGCCAGCAUGCUCCUCUCCGGCACGAUGCCGAGUUCAAACGGAUUAAUGAACCAUAAUUUCCUUGCAAGGACAAUACUCCCGUGCUCGUCGGCUGCCAGCAUGGCAACCAUCUCAGCCUCCGCCCCUUUCCCCACCGUAACCCUCGACCUCACCCAAUCACCCAACGUCCCACUUCACUACCAAAGGUCAACUCCACCGGCGGCAGCCCAAUUCCAAGUCCCAUCAUCACCUUUCGGGCCGGGCCUCUACAACCAGUCCAAGUUCUCGGGCCUUCAAAUGUCACGUGAUGUUGGCAACGAGGUUCAGUUGCCACAUCAUCCACUGACUCAGCUUGCCCCCGACACGCUGAGCGCCGCCACGGCAGCAAUCACGGCCGACCCGAAUUUCACGGCGGCAUUGGCGGCCGCCAUCUCAUCCAUUAUCAGCGGCGGUGGCUACACCCACAACAACAACAACCCUAAUCAUCGUCCGAAUAAUAAUAACAAUAACAACGGUCCCAACAUAAAUUGA